CUCCCCCUCUCGUCCCCCUCCCACCCCCGCGAGUGCGCGACGACUCUCCGAAGCCCAUCGUAGUCCGGAGUCCAACCCCGCAGCGCAGGCGAAGAUGGCGGACGUCAGCGGCGACGGCUUCGGGGGCCGGCGCCCGCUGGGGCUGCUGGCGAACGCGAGGAAGCGCAAGGACGGGUUCGUGCAGCUGUUCCUGAUGGCGGGCGUCCUCAUGAUGAGCCUGCGGUCCCUGGGCCAGAAGCACCGCCUCCGCGACCUCGCCGACGGCGCCGCCGACCUCCGCCGCGAGCGCGACGACCUCUCCCUCUGCAUGCGCGGGCUCCAAGAUGCGCUCCGCCGCGAGGCCGACGCCGACGCGUCGGGCGCCCUCGCGUCCCACCCCGCACCGGCCACCACCGCGGCCGAGGACCAGUAGGCCCCUCUUGAAUCCUUCGCCCCCCGCCUUCGUGUUCCGUGAUAUGAUGUCUUUGUCUGCUCAGCCGUGAGGUCUCUGAGUGCGUUCCGUCUCCAGCGGACUCACAAUCUGUGGCAGCGAAUGCGACGUGUUUGUGGAAAUGCCGCACCGGAUUCGCAUCGAGCUGGCUGAAAUUGUUGCUACCUCGAGACAUGUUUUUAUAGACUUUCAACUUGUUCGUGUUUCAGAUCGCCCAAAGGUCUUUUACUUCCAUCCUGCUUCUGUUAAGCUGCUAUGGUGUUUGAGUUGUAUGGUGUGCUUUGUGUACUGGCUCAGGAUUGCAUUGAUGCUGGAUCAGUUCUGUUA